AAGAGCAGUGGCUGCACUUUGCUGGAGCAGCCGUGAAGAGAUGCCCAACGUCCAAGGAAAAACAAAAUCAAGAAUUGGAGUUUACUGUUGAAAACUUGAUGAUCACUAUAUCUGAUUUGUUUGGAGCUGGGAUAGAGAUGACAAGCACCACUCUGAGAUAUGGGCUCCUCCUGCUGCUGAAGCACCCAGAGGUCACAGCUAGGUUCCAGGAAGAGACUGACCAUAUGAUUGGCAGACACCAGAGCCCCUGCAUGCAGGACAGAAGCCACGUGCCCUACGUGGAUGCUGUGGUCCACGAGAUCCAGAGAUAUAUUGACUUGGUAUCUCCACCAACCUGCCCCAUGCAGCGACCCAUGACAUUAAAUUCAGAAACUACCUCAUCCCCAAGAAAAAAAAUGUACAUUGUCUACAAGAAACUCAUUUUAGACCCAAAUACACAAAUAUUUUGAAUGUGAAGGAAGAAGAAAGAUUUUGCAAGCAAUGAGUAGCCAAGUGAAGUCUUCUUAAGAAAGCCUGUCCUCAAGAGAAACUGGUUACCAGAGCCUCACCUGCUGGGGUUUUAUCAUAUCCUAACUGACCUGAGAGAAGAGAAAUAUCCCAUCCAAUAAGGCCUAGCAUUCUAUGUGGGAGAAGUGAAAUUCUCAACUCUGGCCCACUCCACAUAUUCUGCUCCAUCUAAGGAGGGAGAAAAGCACUGAGAAACACACGUGAAGUUCACAGUCUAGAGGUACAGGCUAGCUAAAACUAGGCAAUUCCUAUCAAAAUCACUACUGCCUUCUUGGCAUAAAUUCACAAGUUUAUCCUAAUAUUCACAUGGAAAUUUAAGGGGCCCCCUAAAGCCAAACAAUCUUCAGAAGCAACAGCAAAGUUAGAGGACUUCUCCAUUGCAAAAGUAACUACAAAAAUUAAGACCACUAUAUGAUGUGAUACUGGCAAAAGACUGAUAAAGAUUACUGAAAUAAAAUGUGAGGGUUUAUUCGUGUAAUCUCAAUUUUGAGUCAACUGAUUUUUGACCAGGAUGCCAGGAUGACUAGUGGAAAAAAUAUUUUCAACAAACAGUGUCACAGACACCAACCUCCAACUCAAUCUCUAUGCCAAUUCAUUAAGCCUUCCCUCUUUCAUCCACCUACUAUUUCUUAUCAAUGCCUCUGCACUGCUGUAUACAGCAUACACCCAUCUGAAAUUCCACCCCCCCCCCAGUCUUUCACUGCAAAUAUAUUAAAAUUUAUUUCCAACCACUGGACAUUCAGGAAGCCCAGUUAGAUUAAAAAAUUCUUUUCCAUUCCCUCAUACAGUGGGUUGCAAUUACCAUGACCAUCUUUGGAUUACAACAUAAUAUUCCGUAUUUUCUAAAAUGUUUAUAAUUGUUUACAUUUCACAUGAGGUGUCAUUUUGUCUCUCCUUGGAGAGAUUCUUUGUCCCCAAUGAGCAGGAUCAAUUUUUACACUUAUUUAAUAAUCAAAUAUGGGGGAGGAGCCAAGAUGGUGGAGGAGUAGGAUGGGGAGAACACUUUCUCUGCCACAAAUUCAUCAAAAGAGCAUUUAAAAGUCGAGUAAAUUCCACAAAACAACUUCUGAAUGUCAGCAGAGGA